AUGCCAGAAGUGCUGGACUCUACUCCCUCGAAGCAGUCCUAUCCGGGCAACAACGGCGCUCCAAUGACUCCAGCUAGACCCAAGGGACGCAUUCCAGCUCCACAGUCAAUCCGUAUUGUGGGGCCGCCUGACGCUUUGAAGCCGGGGCCUAUUCUGAUGUAUCUAUGCAAAUUCGGGGAAGUUCGGGAACUUAAUUCACAGAACGAGAUUAUCAUAGAUGAUGAGGGCCAUAGCUAUUCGGUGGCCGACUGCAGCUUUGGGGACUCCACUACAGCCGAGCGUAUCCUAUCACAACGGAAGCACUUCAUCAACGGCCUCCGUGUUAGAAUCGAGUAA